CUCCCCGCUGGACAGCUCAGGCUAUUCAGUUUUUUGCCUCAAGUCUGGGACUCCUCUCCCGCCCUCACAAACCCAUUCCAGAAAUCGAAACUGCACUGGUUUCCAUGCAGAAGGCGCCCGAGUCCUCUGGAUCUCCCGGUCUCCAACAAGACCCGGCCCUGGCCCCCACGCCCACCAUGCCUCCUCCGGAGGACCCCUCCGAAGACCAUGAACACAACCAAAGCCCCGCGGAGCAAACCUUGAAGGAGGAAUUCCAGUUUCUGCGCUGCCUGGGCUGCCAGGCGCAAGCCAAGUGCCCCAAGCUGCUUCCUUGCCUGCACACGCUGUGCUCUGGAUGCCUGGAGGCGCGGGGUUUUCAGUGCCCUAUCUGCCAGGCACCGGGGGCCGACCCUCCUGCGGAAGCCCUGGAUAACGUGUUCUUCGAGAGCCUGCAGCGGCGCCUGGCGGUGUUCCGGCAGAUCGUGGAUGUGCAGGCUGCGUGCACCCGCUGCAAAGAGUCGGCUGACUUCUGGUGUUUCGAAUGCGAGCAGCUCAUGUGCAACAAGUGCUUCGAGGCGCACCAGUGGUACCUCAAACACGAGGCCCGUCCCCUGGCCGAGCUCCGCGACAACUCAGUUCGCGAAUUCCUCGACGGUACGCGCAAGUCCAACAUCUUCUGCUCCAAUACCAACCAUCGCACCCCUGCGCAAACCAACAUCUACUGCCGAGGCUGCGCCAAGCCUCUGUGUUGCGCAUGUGCAAUCCUGGACCGCAGCCAUGGCACUCUCCAGUGCGACAUUGGCGAGGAGAUCCAGCAGUGGCAUGAGGAACUGGGCACCAUGACGCAGGCGCUGCAGGAGCAGGAAAGGACCUUCGACAGUGCUCACUCGCAGAUGCGCUCGGCCAUAGGCCAGCUGAAGCAGGCACGCACAGACGCUGAGGAGCAAAUCCGCUCCCGUGUUCGCCAAGUGGUAGAGCAUGUGCAGGCGCAGGAGCGGGAACUGCUCGAGGCAGUGAAUGCACGCUACCAGCGUGACUACCAGGAAAUAGCUGGUCAGCUGGGCCACCUGGAAGCUGUGCUGCAGCGCAUCCGCACUGGUGAGGCGCUGGUCAAGAGGAUGAAGCUCUAUGCCUCCGACCAGGAGGUGCUGGACAUGCACGCCUUUCUGCGCAGGGCACUCUGCCGCCUGCGCCAGGAGGAGCCCCAGAACCAGCAAGUCCAGCUGCGCACCAGCGGCUUCGAGGAGUUCAAGAUGUGUCUGCAGGACCUCAUCUCCUGCGUCACCCCAAGGACAGAUGCAGCUGUAGCCGGGAGAGCCAGCCCAAAGGCAGCCAGCACUCCCAAGGACUCUUUUGACCUCGAGCAGCCCAAUGAAGUGCAGAGGGCACAGGUUGAAGCCCUGAAUAUGUCUAAGACCCAGCCUGUGGCCAUGGUACAGUCAGUGCCCGGAGCGCACCCUGUGCCAGUGUAUGCCUUCUCUAUGAAAGCCCCCACCUAUCGAGAGGAAGCCUCUCAGACAGUCAUGUCCAAGAAGAGGAAGUGCUGCUGUCACAGUGAUUGCUCCAGGAAGAUGGUCAAGAUGGAGUCCACAGAGGAGGAUGAGGACAGGUUGACCACUAGCUCCCCUGAGCAGCCCAGGCCCAGCACUUCCAAGGCCGUCUCACCUCCCCAUCUGGAUGGGCCUUCCAACCCUGAGAGCCCCAUCCUAGAAGAAGAAACCCUCCUGCUCACCAGCAAUCAUGUUACCAGCGACACAAGGGAAACAGAAGAGCGAAUUGUGGUGAUCAGCAGCUCAGAAGACUCAGAUACCGAGAAUCUGUCCCCCAACGAGCUGGAUGAUAGCGGCAGUGAGUCCAGUGGCCUCCAGCUGGAGGGCCCCAAUUUCCUCAAGGCAUCGAAUGAGAGUCUCGCUGACCCCCAAGCAGAAGACAGGCCUCUGGUAUUCUUUGACCUCAAGAUCGACAAUGAAACCCAGAAAAUUAGCCAACUGGCAGCCGUGAACCAGGAAAGCAAGUUCCGAGUACUCAUUCAGCCCGAGGCCUUCAGUGUCUACUCGAAGGCCGUCUCCCUGGAGGUUGGACUGCAGCACUUCCUCAGCUUCCUCACCUCCAUGCACCGCCCCAUCUUGGCCUGCUCCAAGCUGUGGGGGCCUGGACUCCCCAUCUUCUUCCAGGCCCUGAAUGGUAUUAACAAGCAGUGGGAAUUCCAGGUCUCCAUCUCCGGCUUCUUGGCUGUGUUGCCUCUCAUCCAGGAGCGCAUCCCAGGCGCCAGCAGCCUCAAACUCAGGAACCUGGCCAAGACCUACCUGGCGAGAAACAUGAGUGAGCGGAGCGCCCUGGCUGCGGUGCUGGCCAUGCGAGACUUGUGCUGCCUCCUGGAGGUCUCUCCAGGGCCGCAGCUGGACCAGCAUGUCUACCCCUUCAGCAACUUGCAGUGCUUUGCCUCCCUGCAACCCCUAGUUCAGGCGAGUGUCCUGCCCCGGCCUGAGGCCCGCCUCUUGGCCCUCCACAAUGUGAGCUUCCUGGAGUUGCUGACCGCAUACCGCAACAACCGACAAGAGGGCUUGAAGCGGUAUGGCCGCUAUCUGAGCCUGCAGACCUUCUCGUCGUCGGCUUCCUCCCAGCUUGCUCAGUACCUCCAGGCUCUGAGCACCUAUAUGGAAGGACUGUUGGAAGGCUGUGCCCCAGCCGUGGCAGAAGGCAACUCUGCUCCUUUCUCUGGCCAGAGCUUGGCCAAAAAGGCCUCCCAGCAGACCUGAAAGGAAGGGAUGCCUGUCUUAGCAGGUGGCCACAGAGCGAGCAGCGUCCCUGAGCCAGGCCUGCCCUUCACCGCAUUCCCAGGUCUUAGUCUUCCAUACAGACCUGCUGUUUAGUUCAGGAUAGCUGCCCUUUAUCUGGGACCAAACACUCUUCCUCUGAAAUUCCUGCAGCAGUCGCCAAGGGCACCCCAGACCUAGCCCCUCCCUGAGAAGCCAGACUCAGGAAGACUUGAGUAAAGAUGGCAUGGCCUCUGGGCUCUCUGGUUGGCCCUCAUAUGGCCCCAGUCACCUCACCUACCACGGCCAUAGGUGGCCUUGCAGCUCUUCCCUGAUGCUCAAUGUCCCAAGUGAUCUCCUGAUAAGUCCCCACGAAUAACACCUUAAGAAAGAAGUUCUCAACCUGUGGGUUGCAACUACUGGAAAACACCCAGUAGUAACCGCAGUUUUGCUACUGAGCGGUGUCUCCGUUUCUAAGACCAUCGAAAAGACGUGUUUUCCCGUGGUCGCGACCCACGGCUUGAGAACCCCUGCUCUAAGCAUUGCUUGCCACUAUACCAGCAGCCAGCCCUAUGGGCACCCAAAGUGCCUUUCAAACCAAACUGCCCUUCUUGAAUUUGGGUUCUCCCAGCUCCCACUGGCCAAAGGCCCAACUGUGUUCACUUUUAUUUAUUUUUAACACUUUCAUUCCAAAGGGGUCUUCUAGCAGCAGAGAGAACUAGAAGCUGUUGCCCCAUCCAUCCAUAUCCCUGUUUCUACAGACGAUUUAUUCUGUGUUCAUCAGGCCGUGUAGCCCCUCCUUGCAUUCAGUUCUUCCAAGGGACACCCAGUGGGGCACUUACAUCUAGAGGAAGGUGAAUCUAUGGGCCUUACUCAAGGUCCCCAGAAUCAGAUUCUCUGGAGUAGAGCCUGCAGCAUUAGCAGGUUCUCCGGGUGGCACUAUAUGCUCAAUUCUGAGGGUCACUGCUGUCACAGGCCACCUCCCCUCAAAGGGAAGUAGAGAGAGUCCCUGGCUGUGUACAUUGACUAUGGUUAGGAAAAGGUCAGAGCUCCGCUCCAGUGUUCUGUGAAAUGGGCUGGCUGACCCGUGUUAUUAUCUCAGAAUCCCCAGCCAGCUCUGUCAUCCUGGGCUCUCAGGCAUGGGCAGCAGCUUGCUGGGGCCGCAGAUAAGAAGCAUCCUCACCCUUGGAUCCAACUCUCAUGCCAAGCCUUUGGUCCCCAACCUUAUAGUCAUCUUGAAGGUCAGCCUUUCCCUAUGGUUAAUUGAACUGCUGCUAGCGUUGUCUGCCUCCUCACCCUGGACCCAUUCCCUGCUUCCUGCUCCUAGGGUAUUUCCCAGAUAGCCCAGAGGUCCAGUCUUGACUGGCCGGGAGUCUCCACUUUCAUGUGGGUGAUGCCUGCAUCCCCACACCUCUGACCCAUCCUAUGGGUGUCCCAGUGUUUUAAGGAAUUCUGUAAAAGCUCAUCCAUACCAGGUGAGGCUGAACUCUGACGGCAAUCCACUAGAGUGCUGGUUCUAGGUGGGGCUGAGAAUGGGAGAGGAAGAGAGGCUGAGCCUCUAGCCUGGAUGUAGAGGCGAGGUGGCGCUGGGGCCAUGCCUUAUACCUCACCCUCAACCUAUUCCUGAACUAAAAGGGCCCACUGAGUCCCAGCUGCACCAGGACGGCUGUCUUCACUUGCGGCUGAUCAUGGAUUUAGAACAUAGGGAAGAAGGUAACACCUUGUCCUAUCUGCCAUUGCAGCCGUUACUAAUAUGUGAAUCUUUUUCCCCCCUUGGUUUUCGGAGGCAGGGUUUCUCAGUGUGGCCCUUGCUUUUCUGGAACUCACUCUGUAGACCAGGCUGGCCUCGAACUCAGAGCUCUACCUGCUCCUGCCCCACAAUUCUGCGAUUAAAGGUAUGCAUCACCACA